AUGUCAACUGAAACCUCCAAAGCUACUGCCAAAGUCCCAAAGAACCCAGCCGCUGGUUCCACCAAAACCAAGAAGAAGCCAGUAUCCAAGUCAUCUAAAGCUUGUAUUAUUUUCCCAGUAGGUCGUAUUCAUACUAUGUUGAAGCACCGUGUUCCAACCAAGCGUGUAUCUGUUCUUGCUUCAAUUUACCUUGCUGCCAUCCUCGAAUAUUUGACAUCUGAAGUCCUCGAACUUACAGUUUCCACUUUGAAACAACAACAAAGUGGUGUCCGUCGUAUCUCCCCAAGACACAUUGUACUUGCCAUCAAGACUGAUGAAGAAUUAGAUCAAUUGAUUAAAUCCAAUACUACUAUUGCUGGUGGUGGUGUCCUCCCACAUAUCCACAAGAAUUUGUUAAAGAAUGAAGAGAAGCCAGUUACUCACAAGAAAGCUGCCAAGGCUUCUGCCAAAUAA